AUGCUGAAUGUGGCUGAGCUAAAUAAGCUUUGGCUUGAAUGGUCUCUUACAACCGUAAAGAUAGAAUUAAGUUUGACUUUAUUCGCAAAUAUUUCAUUAAAGUGAUGAAACAUUGACAAAUGGCGAGGCAUAAAUAGUCUUUCUGCAUUAAGUGAUGUGUCGUAUUUUUUCAAUGACAAUAUUUUUAGUUAUCAUCGUUAGUCGUAUCAAGCAUGUAUUUUUCUUUUGGCUGGCCUAAAUAUUAUGGUUUUGAUAACAUUGAAAGUGAACAGCCGUGCCGAUUCAAGUUCAACCGCGAUCUCUCCAUUCUUGCUGUUUUGACAGAGAAAAGCUUAACUCUAUGGUAUCAUCAUCCUUUUGUUGUAAUAGUAUCAUAUCGCCGAUCGAGGAAAUCUUUGGAGGAUUAUGGGAGAAACGAAGACUGUGAAUGGAAACUUGAUUCUUCCUCUAUUGUUAUCAAAACCUCAAAUGGUGCCUUGAUAUUUUAUGGGUUGCAACUUUCGAAUGGGAACUCUGGAAAAUUGUAUGUUCUUGAAAACAAACGAAAUGUUGGAAGUACCGCACUCUCACCAUUGUUUGAAAUACCUGCAAUACUACUGGCCGAAAAAUCAGUUGUAUCAAUUACUGGAGGAGUGUCUUGUUUAUCAGUGAAGAAAAACGAAAUCUUUGUCGUCAGUCACCUGGGUAUUCUUCACCGAGUUGAAUGGGAUGGAAAUAUCAAAGAUAAUUUUUCGCUUUCAAUAUUUUCCAUUCCUUUUAUCUUGGAUUUAGAAACACCUCUUGAGUCCGCUCAAUAUCUAAAAGGAUCAGAGACGAACAUUUGUGAUAUGCAAUUCAGCUCUCUACUUGGUGGAUUUGCUUUUGUCCUGGAAAAUGGACAUGGUGGAUUUAUGUCAGCUUCCACAUCCAAAUUUGAAGCUGAAGAUGUGCUUGCUAUCUGGGCACGUGAUUUAAAGGAGGCAGCACUUGCAAAAGUCAACCACAAAUUUCGUAUUAUUGCGUAUGGCUGCAGUCAUGGUGGGUGUAUGAUGUAUUCAUUUGAUGAAUUGACCGGAGCGUUGCAGUUCACAUUCAAUUCAAUUGCAUUUCUCCUACUUCUACUUUUACUACUGUCUGAGCCUGAAAAUUAUUAUAUUAACUAUUUAAAAGACUCUAGCACAUCAGUCGGAUCUAUAGAGAAAAUGUGCUUCAGUCCAGAUGGUCACGUUAUAGCUAUUUCGUGGGUGAAUGGAGGUCUGGCACUAUGGACAGUUUUUGGUUCGCUGUUGUUUUGCACUCUGGACUCCACUUUUUAUGGGUCACAGAGUGACGUAUUUACGUCCAAACCGUGGCAUAUUAGUGCAAUGGAAUGGAGUGUCGAAGGAUACAAUUUAAUACUGGCCAUAGAGAAACCAGUAGAAGAUAAAUGGAAAGGAACUGGUGAAAUUGUGCACAUUCCUUUCUUGAAAAGUAUUUUGGCUUCCAAUCCCUGUGUUGCCAAUCAUCACCAUCUUGUUCUGCAAGGAGAAGUGUGUCUGUAUUUAAGUGCAGCGGAUGUUGUGUCUGAGACUCGAGCAGCUCGUCAUGAAUUCUGUAGUGCUGAGAACGCUGAUAUGGAGUCUCAAGAGGGAGCAAGUUUACAGUCAAAUGCAAAGCACUGGCAAAUUGUCCAGUAUCCACAAACGUACGUUGAAAAAAACUGGCCUAUUAGGAGUGUUGCAGUGGAUGAGUCUGGUAUGUUUUUGGCAAUCGCUGGUCGUAUGGGGGUUUCGCAUUAUUCUUGGCUCACUCGAAGGUGGAAACUAUUUGGUAACGAAACUCAGGAACAAAGCAUUUAUUGUCGCGGAGGCUUACUUUGGUGGAAUGAUUUCUUGGUCAUUGCUUGCUACAAUUUCCUUUCCGAAAAAGAUGAGAUACGUUUCUAUCCACGGUUAUCUAAUUUAGACAACGCAUUUGCCAGUGAAAAAACCCUUCAAUGCCCGCCAUUUCUCAUCAAUGUUUUGGACAAUAUUCUUUUGGUUUAUUCCUCCGACUGUACAUUAGCAUUCUAUUUAUUGGAUAAAUCAGAUGGAGAUGACCGUGUCCACGUAAGUCGACUUCAAGAUAUAUCAUUGGUGUCACAUGUUCCCCAUCCGUUAUCGGUCAUUGAAAUUAUGUUGGGUAUGGCUUGCUUUGAUGAAGGUUCUGGUUGUGCUGUUUUCGGUAUAAAUAGAGUCGAAUCUCUGUUAAUAAAUGUCGGAGGAAAAUUGCUCAUGCUUGAAAGACUUCAUGAAAAAGAAAGGAGAAAAACGCUACAAUUCUCUGCCCCCGUCAUACUUGCAUCGUGCGUUGAAGCUAUUUGGUCAUCAUUAAAAACAUUUUGUUCUGGAAAGCAGCAUUUGGUUGAAGCAUUAUGGUUGAACUGUGGUCUCUUUGGAAUGAAAGUUUGGCUUCCACUUUUUCCUGGAGAUGAUGAAAAACCGCCAAAUUUCCUUUCAAAAAGAAUAAUGCUUCCAAUUGAAAUGUCUUUAUGUCCACUUGUUGUGCUAUCAGAAGAAGCACUUGUUGUUGGGGCUGCAUCAGAACCUGUCCACUCCGGAUUUUCUUUCAGCCAAUGGGAGCUGCCAAUGUCUUUGCAAGAGCCAUUUCCAUUUUGUACCUUGGAAAGACCGGCAGAAGUUUAUCUUCACAAUCUUUUACGACAACUUCUAAGGAGGAACCUUGGUAUCCACGCCUUAAAAAUUGCCCGCAGUUGUUCUGACCUGCGCCAUUUUCCACACGUUUUGGAGCUAAUGCUUCAUGAAAUCCUUGAAGAAGAGGCAACAGCAUCUGAACCAUUGCCAGAUGCGAUGCUACCAAGAAUUGUUGCCUUUAUUCAAGAAUUUCCAGAAUAUUUACAAACAGUCGUUUAUUGCGCGCGUAAGACUGAAGUAGCUUUAUGGAGUUAUCUUUUUACCGCGGUAGGAAAUCCACGAGAUUUGUUUCAGAAAUGUCUGGAUGGUGGCUAUCUUGAAACAGCUGCUUCUUAUUUAAUCAUUUUACAAAAUUUGGAGAAACCGGAAGUCAGUAAGCAGUUGGCGACAAUUUUACUUGAAGCUACUUUGUUAGAUGACAAGUACGAGAUUGCAAGAGAUCUUGUGCGUUUUCUUGGCUCCAUCAAAGUUAGUGAUUUCGACAGCCCAACACACAGUCCUUGUGUGAAAACCCCGGUGAUGCCAACCGCUCGUCCUUCCCUAGUAGACGAUGAUGAAGAUGACCUCACCCCUCUCCCCCAAGGAAUACAACAAUCACAUUCUCAGUCGACAAGCAGGAUAAGUGUGAGACCUCCAAUCAAACGAAUUAGUUCCUCAGACAGGCUUCAAACGCAAAGAUCUUAUGAUAAAUCUUCAGGAUGUGGACGAAGCGAGGAAAAAAACUCAACUUUUGCUAAGAAAUCAGAUUCACAAGAGCAGAUUGAAGGUCCCGAAGGAUCACAACAUAUUGUUUUCAGAUAUUCAAGCAGCGAAGCUCCCGAAGGAUUUUUCUUAGAUUCGAUUCUCAACCGUCACGCUCGAAAAUUGUUAUCAAACAACAGACUUAAAGAUCUUGGCCGAUUUUCAGCUUAUCUUGAUUUCAACCUACGGGCAUGGCUCAAAAAAGAAAGAGAUCGUGCAGCAACUGUGAACAAUUUUGUGGAAGCAUUUCUCAGUAUCCAUCGGCAGUUUGAAAGCCCUUUCCCUUCUAAAGCGACAGUGAAUUCACUUAACACGGAGACGUCCAAGCCAACAAUUCGUUCGAAAUAUCAUUCUGCAACCUCAAGUAUAAGUUUUGGAAAGCAUAAACGCAUUGAUUUAGUCACUGCGGAAGACGAAACAGCUCCUGAAGAGGUGGAAUUGCAAUCUCUUCAAGUUGAACAAUCUGAAACGAGCUCAUUUUCUCUUGAUGACGAUCCUGAUGAAUUAGAGGAAAGUACAUGGAGUUACGACACAAAUAUUAAAGAUUUGGAUGAUUUUAUUGGACAAGUUCCGUGUUCUCGUCAGUCAGAUAAAGAAAUAAGAUUUUUGUUACAAGCAAUGUCGGAGUCCUAUUGUUUUGAUUGGUCCUUACUGCUGUCAUUGGCUUUACGUGAUGGACCGUUAGUUAACCAAGUCGUUCAAGAUAUUUUGUUGUCUGGCAUUGAUGAACUAGCUCUGGAAAACUUCAUUCGUCUUAGAGAUGGCAUAAAAAGCUUAGAAAAUUGGGCACAGCGUGAAUGUCAGGAAUACAGUGUAUUUUUUGGUCUGUUUAAACCACAAUGGAGUGCUCUUUCCGAUGCCAUAACUACAGUUGCCACUCGCUUGGCAGAAGCUCGGAAAACAAGUACUAGAGUAUCUGAGCAAGUAGAUGUUGACGAUGAAAAUGGAGCGACGUUUACUGAAAAAGUCAAUAGUGAUAUCUCCAACAUAGGGGAAGCAAAUGACCCUUAUGAAUGCAUUCUAUCGUAGAAUUAGGAUGGACAUACUUUAAAAUUUAAGUAUUUCGUGCAAGUCUGUGUAGGGCUAUUGAAAACAAAUAAAACAAAUGCUAAUUCAA